CACGUCCCGCUCGCAGUCCGUUGGGGGCGGUCGCGGGGUGACGGCGGUGGAGCUGGCGGUGGCGGUGGUCGUGCGGGCGGCCAUGAGCGGGUUCGGGGCCGCGGCGGUGCUGUCCGGAUCCUCGGCCUCUGCGGGAAUCCGGAGCGGCAGCAGCGACAGCCUGGAGAAGAUCGACAUGUCGUUGGAUGAUAUAAUUAAACUGAACAAGAAAGAAGAGAGAAAGCAGUAUUCCCCCAAAAUGAAAAGAGGACUCCAACAGAAUCGAACGCAGCAAUUCAGGACGCCAGGCUCCAAAUGGGGGAUCCAACAACAGAAAGGUUAUGGUAAAAAUCGUUUGGGACACAGAAAGAAGAUUGUAGGGAAGAAGCAUCCUUAUGGAGUUAUAACUGGCUUGGCAGCCAAGAAAGCAAUGGGUCCACACAAAGGAGUUAGUCCUCUGAACAGGCAGCCACUUAGUGAGAAGAACACACAACGAAAUUAUCCCAUUCUGAAAAAGAAACCGAACUUACAGAGGCAAACUGAAACGCAGAGAAAACAAAUUACAGCCCUCAGGAGACCUGCCCCACUAAGCAGAAGGAAUAACAUGCCAUCUGCUUUUGCCAGAAUUGGAAACAAACUAAAUCAGCAGAAAGACACUCGUCAAGCAACUUUCCUGUUUCGAAGAGGAUUGAAGGUGCAGGCCCAGGUGCAGCCAGCAGAAGAUCUCGAUAAUCAAACAGCAAAAAGAACUCGUCAAUGGCGAACUUCUACCACAAGUGGAGGGAUUCUGACUGUGUCCAUUGAGAACCCAGGAGCGAUCAUAACCCCAAUUUCCCAAAAAUUGCGAUUAACUCGUACUCCUGUGACCCCGUUUCUGACGAAGAGGGACCAGUCUGAAGAGAAGAAGGUUCCCAAAGGGGUUCCAUUGCAGUUUGAUAUUAAUAGUGUUGGAAAGCAGACAGGGAUGACGCUGAAUGAACGCUUUGGGAUCCUGAAGGAACAAAGAACAGCACUGUCUCAGAACAAAGGAAGCCGUUUUGUAACAGUGGGCUAACCUGACAAAUGGACAAAGGCUGAUCCCACCUGUCUGAGAAAGUGAGAUAAAAGUGGGCAGAAGAAUACAUACGUCACUGAAAUUCUCCAGACUCCUUGCUAAGAUGGUGUCAGAAGUAGCUAUCUUUAUUACUCCUAGUUCGAACAGUAAAAGACAUUUUGCCCUGAAAGGCAUGAAAAGUAGGGAAACUGUUCUGCUACAGUGACACCGUUACCCAGUUGGAACAGAUCCUGUUGCCCAGAUGUUGACAGACACUGAUUUUGGUUCAUCUUUCAAUCCAUAUAUAAACAUGAAGUUAAAAGCUUUUUUUUUUUUUGUUUAAAACUACUCAGUAUCUGUUCUUUGGCACCGUGCUGUAGUAAGGAUUGUGUCAGUGUUUCAUUACAGCUACCAUUUGAUGGUGUUGGGGACUGCCUACGAACGUUCCUCUGGACUGCAGUUUGGCACAGAGCCUCAGUCCACGAAUACUUUGGUAGUGAUGUAGCAGCAUUUUUCAUGGGAGCAUUGGUUGUACUUCUUUGUGCUUUUGAAGUUCAACUUUUUUUUUCCCCCUUCCUUUCUUUCUCGGAGACUUCAUGGUUUUCAUCCUCUUUUUCACAAAUAAAGCUGUUAGCUGAGACCCGCAAUAUUAAAUUGGGAUGGAGACUGUUCUACUCUUCUCCUUUAAAAGUGGUCCAGAUCACUUUGGAAGAACACUGCACUGGCAACAUGAAAGUAACUUAUACUGCAAAUAUCUGGACUUCAUUAGCAUCAUCUGCAGGUAGAUGAGUAUGUCUUGUCUCCUAUUUUUUUCCUUGAACUAUCUUUUCUUUUGUAAGUUGUUUUCUUCCCUCGAUCUAAAGGCAAUAACCUUCCGUUUCUGAGUAAUUUCAUAGGAAUAAAUGUACCAGUUCACAAGAAGGUCAGUGGUAUGGUAGAGUUCCUUACCCUCCCAGGUACAGGAUCCUCACCUUGCAAACCUUGCCCUGAAGGGUUUUCUCUGCUUUGUGCAAGAGGCAUGCAAUCUUAAUGGCGCUUGUUUGUAUAUACCAAAGAGAGGUGAGAUGGAAAGCUCAGUAGUGGUCAGGCACCUUGAAGCUGAUGAAGGUAGGGAAUGGUGCUGGGAGAAAGCCUGCGGACCAGCAGUGUAUGAGAUGCUCAGCAGGAGCAUGUGGGCCCUUCUUUUGAGGCCUUUGUGUGUCCGAAUCAGUCAACUGAGUCACUGCCAGUAUUGGUUCGUAUCAUCCCUACAGAUGAGGCUCCUGUUCAGAAUGAACAUACAGACAAAGCUGCCUCAGCCCAGGAUCUGACCAGCUGAACAUUGUUCUACAGCAAUGUGAUUUAGGUACAGCCAGGUGAAGGAAUGGUCAGCUUGCUGCGUCCAUAAAUGUUAACGGUGUUUGGAGUGGUUUUAAUUCCUUUUAUUUGCCUCAAAGAGUUUACACUGAACUUCUUACAGAACUGCUUUCCUUGUGUUUCUGUCUCAAAUUUGAUGUUAAACAGCAUUUCCUGGGGACUUCAGUGUUUAAUGAAAGCAUUGACUGUAGAAGAGCUUUCAGUUUGAGGUCCGGAUGCAUCCUUGAUGCUCUCUAGUACUUAAACACAGUACUUACCUUCUAUUCCAUGUAGACAGAUAGACCUUAAUAGAAACCAGCUGAACAUAACGGUGUUAAGGUGGUUUAUCUCAAUGGCCAAUAGGGGUUAUUCUGGAACAUGUCACUGUUAGAAUUGGAGUUAGAUACGUGCUCUGUUUCAGUGCAAACAUUUUCCACGUGCAACAACAAACAACAAUCCUUUUGCAUCCACAUAGAUGCAAAACAUUGAUGCAAUGCAUCAAAGAAAUACCAGAUUUGUAUUUAAGGAGCAGACUUUACACUGUACCUUCGGGUAUCUUUUCAACAGGUUAUUUGAUCUAUUCUGAAGCUGUUUGUUUUAUUUCUGGGUUGGUUUGUUUGGUUGUUUGUUUUUUUUCCAAAUAAAGAAAAGUUAAAGGUUU